AUGGAUAGCCUUGCACACAGUGUGAGUUCUAUGGUGCACUGCGCCGAAAACUUUCACAUCCCGCUUGUGCGCAGCCGGACUGUAGUGACCGCUGUGGCUGUGGGCAUUCCCAUUGCCGUUUUGCUUCACGACACAGCCGAACACUGGAUGCCUACCUCAUUUCAACUCCCCAUUAUUUCAUGGUUUCGCCGAAAGUGGCGGCAGAACCCGGAAGUGAAGUCAUCACACCUGACACUUGCGCGCAAUGCCAUUAUAUUCUUUUACUUAGCCAUGGUGCUGAGUGAAGGCACAUUUUACGAAACGCCUAUAGAUUAUGUGGCGGAUCGGGUAUCUGGAGCUCCCGCACGAAAGGCAUUUAACGAGCGCAUUCAAAAGGGUCGCCAUAGUGCCUUUUCAGCUGCUGAAGAGGUUGCUAGUGAAGAAGGUUUGAAUGAAGCGAGCUCCAGGCAGCAGCGAGACACCGCACUCCGUCGCCGUUUCUUACAUGAAAGCCGUACUUCCAACUAA